CCGCAGUGAAGUUAUUAGCGAAUUUGUACAUGUGGUUCGCGCGAGUACUUUUGUUAAAAUAUUGUUCAUCGAUUUUUUGGCAAAAUGUCGAAGAGAUUUUUUGAUCCACUUGUUGAAAAAGGUGCAGAAAUUCUGCGGGAAUUAGCUGAGCACGACAGCAAUAUAUUGUCGGAUGCUGAGGAUAGUAGUGAAGGCGAAGAAGACGCCGUAGAAAACUGGUUGGAAAGCUCAGAUAUAGAACAAGAAAUAUCUAGUGAAGGUGACGAAGAGGUUGAAGAACCAGUGGUAAAUACGAUAUUGGGAAAAGAUAAAAUAACAAGAUGGAAACUACAGAUGCCUGUUCAGAACGUAAGAACUCGUUCACAUAAUAUUGUCAGCUAUUUGCCUGGGGUCAAAGGUGCAGCUAGAAAUGCAAGAUCUGGUUUAGCUUGUUGGAGUGCUUUUUUUCUUCGAGACGACGAUAUGUUAAACCUAAUUGUCAGUAAUACUAAUAAGUAUAUUUCUAGUAAGAAGGAUUCAUAUAGCAGAGAGAGAGACUGCAAGAUUACUAACUUGUCUGAAAUUAAAGCAUUUAUUGGUUUGUUGUAUGGCAGGAUUCCAUAG